AUGUUCGACGGCAGCGUGCUGGCGGCCUACGGCAACGUCAUCGUCGUCACCAUGAACUACCGCCUGGGCGUCCUCGGCUUCCUGAGCACGGGGGACCAGGCGGCAAAGGGCAACUACGGGCUCCUGGACCAGAUCCAGGCGCUGCGGUGGCUCAACGAGAACGUGGGGCACUUUGGGGGUGACCCCCAGCGCAUCACCAUCUUCGGUUCCGGCGCUGGCGCCGCCUGCGUCAGCCUCCUCAUCCUCUCCCACCACUCUGAAGGUCUCUUCCAGAAGGCCAUCGCGCAGAGCGGGACGGCCAUCUCCAGCUGGUCGGUGAACUACCAGCCGCUGAAGUACACGCGGCUGCUGGCGGCCAAGGUGGGCUGCGAACGGGCGGACACGGGGGCGGCGGUGGAGUGCCUACGACGUCAACCCUUCCGCGCCUUGGUGGACCAGGACGUCCAACCCGCCCGCUACCACGUGGCCUUCGGGCCGGUGGUGGACGGCGACGUGGUGCCCGACGACCCCGAGAUCCUGAUGCAACAGGGCGAGUUCCUCAACUACGACAUCCUCAUCGGCGUCAACCAGGGCGAGGGGCUGAAGUUCGUGGAGGACUCGCUGGAGAGCGAGGACGGCAUCUCCGCCUCCUACUUCGACUUCACCGUCUCCAACUUCGUGGACAACCUCUACGGUUACCCCGAGGGGAAGGACAUCCUACGGGAGACCAUCAAGUUCAUGUACACGGAUUGGGCCGACCGGGACAACGGGGAGAUGAGGCGUAAGACGUUGCUGGCCCUCUUCACCGACCACCAGUGGGUGGCCCCGGCGGUGGCCACGGCCAAGCUCCACGCCGAGUACCAGUCGCCCGUCUACUUCUACACCUUCUACCACCACUGCCAGACGGACGCACGGCCCGAGUGGGCAGACGCGGCCCACGGGGACGAGAUCCCCUACGUCUUCGGGGUGCCCAUGGUGGGCGCCACCGACCUC